UUCUCUUCUCUUGCCGUUGCCUUGCCCCUCCUUUCACUGCUAUAAAUAUUGCAAGUUAUUAACGCUCAAAGAAUCAGAAUAAUGACGACGGCUAACCUUAUUACAAAAAUCUCAAUUCUCGACACGACACAACACAACACAACCCUAUUACUUGGUCGGACCGAUUCGUCACGAUAUGUCCCACCCCGACACGUCGUCUCAAAUACUAGUGUUGUUGUUGUUGUUGUUGUUCACGUUGUCCAAAACUACUGUCCGGCGCGUCACCUUCGCCGCACCGAAGUCAUCCUCCCUCUUUUUAUCUCCCACAUUAAAAUCCCCAAACGCGAAUACCAAAACCUAAAAUUCACCUAAUCAAACCAAUCAGCCGCCAUCUCCUUCUCCAUCCUUAAUUGAUUAUGGAAGAUCUGAUCGAAUCAUCUUCUGUUACUCCGUCAACCGCACCACACUCUCGUUCAUUGCCCAUCCGUGAAGAUUGUUGGAGUGAAGAAGCUACCUCUACUCUUGUUGAUGCUUGGGGACGCCGUUAUCUUGAACUUAACAGAGGUAAUCUCCGUCAGAAGGACUGGCAAGAUGUUGCUGAUACCGUCAACGCUCUUCACGGCCAUACCAAGAAAACGCACCGUACUGAUGUCCAGUGCAAGAACCGGAUCGACACCAUCAAGAAGAAAUACAAGAUCGAGAAAUCUCGUGUCGUUUCCUCCAACGGUACCCUCACGUCGUCUUGGCCCUUUUUUGAACGCCUUGACGCUUUGAUUGGAUCUAAUUUUAAUUCAUCUAUUAAGAAACCGCCCUCUCCGUCCCUCUCCCCGUCUCCUCCCGUGGCUCUCCCGCUGCAUCCCUCUUACCGGAGGACUCCUCCGGUUAGUUCUACUCCGCCGCCGCAGCCAGCGGCCCUGGCGGUGGCGUUGCCACAGAAGAGGACUUUGCCGGUGGAUGAUGGUGGUUAUUUUAGGAGGAAUUAUUCGGCAAUGGCAGCGGCAGCGGCAGCACAAGAGUCAGAUAGCGAGGAGGAGGAGGAGGAGGAGGAGGAGGAGUUUGAGGCAGGGGAGAGAGAGAGCGUAGAGGAGGAUGGGGAGGGGGAAGGGAUUAAGAGAUUGGCACGUGCGGUAGAGAGAUUUGGGGAGGUUUAUGAGAGGAUGGAGAGCGAGAAGUUGAAGCAAAUGGUGGAUUUGGAAAAGCAAAGGAUGAAGUUUGCUAAGGAUUUGGAAAUGGAAAGGAUGAGGAUCUUCACCGAGACGCAGAUUCAGCUUGAGAAGAUCAAGAAGGAUUAUAAUGUGAAGCAGAUGGCAAUGUUACUUGGUGACCUUCUGCAAAAUAGCUCAGGGAAACGAUAUGGAGUCAACUGUUGGAGGAUACUAGAGAUGGGUUCCUGUUCGGCUUUGGUUAGAAGGGCCCAGUUUUGUUUCUAUCCUCCAAUGAAGAUAAGGUACCAGUACCAGAUUAUUUAAGGUUUGCCGGUAGCGAUGGCAAUCUGAAAACAUAUUUGAGUACUGUGUUACACCAAAGGUUUUUGUGCCUGGUUUCAGAGUAUUUUCAAUGAUGAACAACAAACUUGUUUA